CUAAUAAAUUUGGAUACAAGUGAAAUAUGAAAACGAAAAUUAACGAUUCUAGAUUAAUUAACUAUUUAAUUAUAUCUAGAGGAAGUGUUUGUUAAUUUAUUACGUUUGUAGCAGACGCCGUUGAACAUGUGUGCAAGAUAUCUAAUUGACUAAAAUGAUGCAUUCAGGUUCGAACGUUCUACUCAAUUUCUAUGACUUUAUUUAAAGUAAUCAUUUAAUUGACAAAAGUUAUAUCCCUUAAUGUCGUACAGUGACAAGAAUUAUUCAAGAUGAUGAUAUUGUCUUUAAAUAAAUUCCAAUCUCCAGAGUUUAAUAAACUGGCCUCUGCUGGUAUUUGUGGAGGUAUUAUGGGUUACACCGAUCAUAUAGAAAUGCAUGAUGAAAUGCACCCUUUUUACGAAUAUCUACGUAACUAUCCAGCAAUUUCUAUUACCAGUGAUAUGCUUGGCGCGCGUGAAUGUAUUCGCACUAUCAACAAUGGUUAUUUAUUCCAACCCAUUCAAGACAGUAUAUUUAAAAGAAUUAUAAGCAUAUGGAGGGAAAAAGGAUUUACAGAAGCUUUACGUUUUGCUGCAUCUGCGGAUUCUGAACAUGUAACUAAAGCUAUACAUUGGAUAGCUGUAAAGCUCACAUGGGCUUUAGACGCUAUGGAGAAAGGUAUUUUUCAAAAAGAAGUUUUACCAACCAUUGGAUCAGGAUCCAUUGCUGAUAUAGUCUCUACACGUGAUUGGAAUACCUCCAUUAUACGUUGCAUUUCAUGGCAUCCACAUUGCACCCGUUUAGCUGUUGCAACCAGAGACGACAGAAUACGUAUAUUUUCAGAGGGUAUAUCAGGAAUACCAAUAUUACGACAUAGUGCCCAAAAAUUCAUUUAUCAAUUAAGUUGGAGUCCUUAUGCUGGAAGAGUAUUAGCUGCUGCAUGUCAUAUAGGUGUUUUAAUAUGGACGAUUGAACUAGGUGCUGCUAGUAAUAUGUUAAGCCAUGCUGUGGUAUUAAAGCGAAGAAAUCAUACUCCUGUUACCAGUGUGGCCUGGCAUCCACAGGGUGAUAUAUUGGUCUCUUGUUCACCUAAUGAUUCUAAUAUGAUCGUAUGGGAUGUUUCCAAAAAGGAAGGUGUACCAUUAAAGCGAGUAGGUGGUGGUGGAUUAUGUUUUGUACAUUGGUCUUUUUGUGGAAGUCGUUUAUUUUCUGCCACGUGUAGGAACAUUUUUAGAGUUUGGCGAUCUGGUACUCCAACACCUUGGUAUGCAGAAAGAUGGACUGUACCAUCCGGACGUAUUGCUGCUGCUUGUUUUGGACCAGAUUUAGCAUUGAUAUUUGCGUCGAGCGAUGAUCCUAUUAUAUUUUCAUUACCACUUCAAGAGAAUAUUUUUGAUACUAAAUCAUCAUUCGAUGAAAUCAAUGUAGCAUAUCCUAUAAUAAAUUUAGCUGAAGUCCGUUUCACGUCGGAUAUAAAUGAAGAUUCUGUUACAGUCGGUGGUCGAAUAAUAGCAAUGGAAUGGGAUCCUUCUGGUAAAUAUCUUGCUGUCCUCUUUCAGAAGAGUCCAUUGAUCGUUUUAAUACAAACGAAAGUAAGAAAUCUAGGAAGAGCGGUCGAAGUAAAACCAUUUUGUUUCGUUCAAGGUUUACCCGGAGAAGUGCCAAAUUGUAUUAAUUUUUAUAAAAAAUAUCCUUCCACGGAUUUAAUAAUCUGUUUGACUAUUGCUUGGAGUAGCGGACGUAUACAACAUUUUCCUAUCUCCCACUCUUAUAACGACAAUGAUGAUUGGAUUUAAAUAUCCUUUUUACGUUAUUGUUCGACUACAAAAUUUCAUAGAGAAUUUCAUUAAAAAAAAAAAAAAAAAAAAAAAAAAAAAAAAAAAAAAAAAAAAAAAAAAAAAAAAAAAAAAAUGUAACUUCAAUUUCGAUAUCCGUAUUUUCUUGUCUUAUUUCCGAGAUAUAUAUACACAAGUAUGGAAUGGAAAUUACAUAAUUUUUCUAUCGGUCUUUGACUUGUCAUUAUGUUGGAGAGAGAGACAGAGAGAGAGAGAGAGAGAGAAAAGAAAAAAAAAGAAAAGAAAACGUGGUCCAAUGUUAGGGUCUCCGACAUGCUACGUGAGUAACGUAUAGGACAUACAAGUUCUCGAGUUCGGUACCUAAUUAUACGAAGUCACAUGCAGAGCGCACGCCUUUCUAUUUUUACGUUGCUUGACCGAAUGCUAUAUACCACGAGAGAAUGUUAUGCAUCCCUAGCUAUUUCCAAUACGUACUAUGUGUCAUCCGAUUUAUGGGUGUAUUCCUACUCUUUAUACAGUGAUGUAAUCUCAAAAAUAAAUAAUAAAUAAUA